AAAACCUCAUUAAGAAAUACCCAAGAGGAAAAACAUGGAGGAAGACUUGAAAAGUCAAGACUAUUUAUUUCAUCUGGAAAAGCACAGUUAGUUCGUAAGAGUGCUUAUAAGACUGAGGAAAUUGUUAGUGAGAGCUCCUCAGAGAGUGAGGAAGAUGAAGAACCCCCUGACCACCAUCAGAAAGCAAAUGCAGAUUUGCCAUCGGAAUAUUGGCAAAUUCAGAAGCUGGUAAAAUAUUUAAAGGGAGGAAAUCAGACAGCUACAGUGAUUGCACUGUGUUCAAUGAAGGAUUUCAACUUAGCACAAGAGACCUGCCAGUUGGCAAUCAAGGACGUUGGAGGCCUUGAAGUUUUAAUAAAUUUACUUGAUACAGAUGAAGUCAAAUGUAAGAUUGGUUCAUUAAAAAUCCUGAAGGAAAUCAGUCAUAAUCCUCAAAUCAGACGUAAUAUUGUUGACCUUGGUGGCUUACCAAUUAUGGUUAAUAUACUUGAUUCUCCACAUAAGAGUCUGAAAUGUUUGGCGGCUGAGACAAUUGCGAACGUUGCCAAGUUGAGAAGAGCCCGGCGAGUGGUGAGACACCACGGGGGUGUCACCAAACUGGUCACUCUACUCGACUGCGCACAGAAUUCAACAGAACCUGCCCAGUCGAGUCUGUAUGAGGCCAGAGAUGUGGAAGUAGCUCGCUGUGGGGCGUUGGCACUGUGGAGCUGCAGUAAGAGUCAUGCCAAUAAAGAAGCUAUUCUCAAAGCUGGGGGUAUUCCAUUGUUGGCUUGUUUACUGAAGACUUCUCACGAGAACAUGUUGAUUCCGGUGGUGGGGACACUGCAGGAAUGUGCAUCAGAGAAAAACUACCGAGCUGCAAUCAAAGCAGAAAGAAUAAUUGAAAAUCUAGUAAAGAACCUAAAUAGUGAGAAUGAGCAACUGCAAGAGCACUGUGCCAUGGCCAUCUACCAGUGUGCUGAAGAUGAGGAAACCCGCGACCUGGUCAGGCUGCACAGAGGACUUAAGCCCCUGGCCAGUCUGCUCAAUAACACCGACAACAAGAAACGGCUGGCUGCUGUCACAGGGGCAAUAUGGAAAUGUUCCAUCAGCAAGGAGAAUGUGACCAAGUUUCGGGAAUACAAAGCCAUUGAAACCUUGGUGGGACUUUUAACUGACCAACCUGAAGAAGUACUUGUGAAUGUGGUUGGUGCAUUGGGAGAAUGCUGCCAGGAAUAUGAAAACCGAGUCCUUAUCCGGAAGUGUGGUGGCAUCCAACCACUUGUGAACCUCCUCGUUGGCAUAAACCAAGCUCUUCUUGUCAAUGUCACAAAAGCAGUUGGCGCUUGUGCAGCAGAACCUGAAAGUAUGAUGAUAAUUGAUCGCUUGGAUGGGGUUCGUUUGUUAUGGUCCCUGCUGAAAAAUCCUCACCCAGAUGUGAAGGCCAGUGCAGCUUGGGCCCUCUGUCCCUGCAUCCAAAAUGCCAAGGAUUCUGGAGAAAUGGUUCGUUCCUUUGUUGGUGGUUUGGAACUUGUUGUCAAUUUACUGAAAUCAGAUAAUAAAGAAGUUUUGGCAAGUGUAUGUGCUGCUAUUACCAAUAUAGCAAAUGAUCAAGAAAAUUUAGCUGUUAUAACAGAUCAUGGAGUUGUCCCUUUAUUGUCCAAACUAGCAAAUACAACUAAUGAUAAACUGAGGCGUCAUCUAGCAGAAGCUAUUUCACGCUGCUGUAUGUGGGGCAGAAAUAGAGUGGCCUUUGGUGAGCACAAAGCAGUGGCUUUGCUAGUGCGUUACCUGAAAUCAAAUGACACCAAUGUACAUCGAGCAACAGCUCAAGCCUUGUAUCAGCUGUCAGAAGAUGCCGACAACUGCAUCACCAUGCAUGAGAAUGGCGUGGUAAAGCUUCUACUGGAUAUGGUUGGGUCCCCUGAUGAGGAUCUCCAGGAAGCUGCAGCUGGUUGUAUAUCCAACAUCCGCAGGCUGGCUCUUGCUACAGAAAAGGCAAGAUACACUUGAAAUGUGGACAGACCUCAAAAGCUACCAAACUUUACAUGACAUGGAACAUACCACUCUCAUGGCCAGGAAGCCUAAAUUAGGGAACACUUAAUAGCAAAUCCUUUACAGACACAUGUCUGAAUGAAAACAUAGCAUUGAAAAUGCAAAGAAUGCUGUUCAUCUAAAAUUGCAUGAAUAUUUUUGUUCUAUUUCAUAUUUUAAGGAUAUAACAUAUAAUGAAAUGUAAGGCCAAUAAAUCUGUGAUAAUUGUCCAGGAGUUUAAGAAUGUAUGUACACAGUAUAUGUAUUUCAGUGGUGCUUUUGUACUUGUCUUGAUUUUAAUAAAAGAUGUGGCCUUCUUGUUGUUAAGUUUUAGUCAUUCAUGAAUGUCUUUAGAAUUCCCUUUCUGUUAAACCUAUCUAACUGUCCUCUCAAUUAUGGUUUUGUCUGUUUGAUCACUUGCAACCCACAGGAGAGUUCUAAUGAGAUGUGCUGAUUUCACAAACUGUUGCUAGAAUAGAAUUCAAAGUUGAGCAGCUGGACCUGGAGAGAUCAUCCCAAGGUCAUUCCAAAUUUCUCCUCAAUACUAUCAAAUAUAUGAGAAGAUAAUGUGUCACUGGCACUGUACCAGAUAAUGCAAAUCACAAAAACAUAAGCAAUGAGUGUGAUUUUUACUUUUGGACUUAUGAAGCAUAAACAUUUCUAUGUUUUAUUUCCUUCACAGCUUUGACCAACACUUUUAUUAAAGAAAUUAAUUUGUGCUGAUAUAAGGAUAAUAUUACUUCACAUAAAAUGCUUUGAAUUUCUGAACUUGUUUUCAGCACACAGAGUACUUUUUAAAAAGUGACUACAAAGGAUUAAUAGCAUUUAUCAGGUCACAGAAACAUUAGAAGCCACUUAGAAGAAUCACAUAUGUAACCUCCAUGUACUGAAAUGUUUGGGAACUAAUUGUCCCAGGCAUCUAAUACUAGCCAGGGAAACAGCUUUGUGUGCGUCAGCCCCAUAAGCCAACAAUCUCAGUUAAUGUUUUAAAGAGCAGGCAAGCAGGUUUUAUUGAAAAAUAUUAAGUAAUAUGUAUGUUUGUAAUAAUUUGGAGAUCAUAAACUUAACUGAUUUAAAUAUAAAUAGUUUAUAUGAAAUGAAAAGCCCAUACAGGAUGAAAAUUAUAAUAGUGACAGAUUCUCCAAUAACAAUAUAAGGCAUCUCUGAGAAUUUUAAAGUUUUGUAAAACAAUUUCAUCUUUGCUGCUUUUCAAAGGAGAUUAUAAAAGUGGAUAACAGGAAUAAGGAAAUGGCUAACAAAGAACUGAAUUUAAAUAAUAGUGUAAAUUAAAAGUAGAUUAUUUCUAAUAUUAGUUACCAUUUAGCUGUGUUUCACUAACAUUAAAACUACAUCUAGAAAUCAUGGAUUAUGACAGUUAUCGAAAAUGAAUAAAUAUAUUACUGUUAUAAUUAAAGAAAGUUUUCACCGUUGUCUUAAGAUUUUUAAAUAUUUCUGAAAUCAGUGGGUCCCUGGAGUAAAAAGAAGCAACAGGAAGAGAAAACAGCAGCAUCCCAAAGGACCUGGAUGAAUAGUAGAGAAGGAUGGUUCCUCUACAAUAUGCUUGACAGAAGAAGGAAGCUUGGGGCUUCCACUUGUGUGGUUAAUAAAUGCAUAAAAGAAAAGCAACACUGCCAUUUUAAAAGAAAAUAAGCAUUUGAAAACAGAUAAUGGAAAUUAACAUGACAAUCUUCUUGUGUAUUUGUAAGAAUAUUUUAAAAUUCCUAACCAGAAAUGUAGUACGUUUAGAGUAAACAAAUCAGAAGCUGAAUUUAAAAGUUAUUUUUUGGAGUGUGUGCAUGCAUGCAUGCAUGUGUGUGUGUGUGUGUGUGAAAUGGCAUAACAGAAAACUCUGAUCUGACUAGAAAAAUGUCAAGGGCAGUGAAAGCACCCACAGCUAUUAGAGAACACAUAUGCAGCCCAUCCACCAUCUCUCUGCUACUGCGUGUUGUGAGAGCACUCUAUUUGUUUUUUUAUUAAGAUAUCAUUGAUAUACAAUCACAUAAGCAACACUGUGGAUACUAGAUUGCCUCCAUUAUCAAGUCCCCCCCA